AUGGAGGACGAAUGGGAACCACCAGUACCAGCAGGGUACAACGAUACCAACCGUGCCUUCCUCCAAGCCUUCAUGGCACGAGGUACUCUUACCUUUUCCGAGGGACAGAAGCUUGUGGCUGCCAUUCUCGCAGCUGCCAGAGGCGAGUCCGUGGACCCAGAGUCCAUCACCCAGGAAGCGUUCGCAAACUAUGUCCGCACCGCCCGCGAGGCUGUCGAGCCUCUAGACUACGAUAUUCGCAGCUCUCGGGACCAGCUCCGCAAUGGGGAACGCAUCUGGGCCUUCAUCAACGCACACAGCGACCCCCCUACCCAGAUGGCCACCACCCACACGCCAGAUGAGGUAGCCUACAUCAAGCGUCUGAUGGACCUUAUGUUCGAUGAGUACAACACCGUGCGAAUGGAGGUUAUGGCCGUCGACGAGGGACAAGCCCUCAAAGCGUCCCGUCCCCGCAAGCCGCGCGAGAGUCAACAUUUGAACGGCGAAGACGAGGAAGACCAACCGGCAACCGCCGCGUCCGACCGUGGUCUAAAGCACUCCGAGGUUUUGACCCUCCUCUCCAGCCUCGCGGCCGAAGGCUGGCUGGAGAAGAGCCGUGCUGGGUUUUACAGCCUCAGCCCGCGCUCGCUGAUCGAGAUGUGGAGCUGGCUGGUUGCUACUUACAACGAUGAUUCCGAGUCGGCUAAGGAUUGGCAGCGAAUCAAGUUUUGUGAGUCGUGUAAGGAGAUCGUCACGUACGGCCAGCGCUGCUCAGAGAUGGACUGCACCGUUCGGCUGCACGACAUCUGCCAAGACCGCUACUGGCGCACGAGGAGGGGAGAGAAGAAGUGUCCCAAGUGCGAGACAGAGUGGACUGGGAAUCACUUCGUCGGCGAGCGAGCUAUUACCUCGCGCCAAGGUUAUCAGAGGGGUAAGGGCCGUGCUAAUGGCAGUGGCAGUGGAAACAGCCGACGGAGCGAUUUGGAGGACGCAGUUGCCGCUCAGCAAGAGGCUGCCGACGAAGAUGAGGACAUGGAGGAGGCUUGA